AUGAAGGCUGCUGGUAUUUUAGCCCUGAUGGGCUGCCUGGUCACAGUCAUUGAGCCCAAAAUCUACACUCGAUGUAAACUGGCAAAAAUAUUUUCGAGGGCCAGCCUGGACAAUUACCGAGGCUUUAGCCUUGGAAACUGGAUCUGCAUGGCCUACUACGAGAGCCACUACAACACCACGGCUCAGACCCGGCUGGAGGACGGAAGCACCGACUACGGCAUCUUUCAGAUUAACAGUGACACGUGGUGCAGAAAUGCGAAGCUACAGGAGAAAAACCGCUGUCACGUGGCCUGCUCAGCCUUGAUCACUGAUGACCUCACGGAUGCAAUUAUCUGUGCCAAGAAAAUUGUUAAAGAAACGGAUGGCAUGAACUACUGGCAAGGCUGGAAGAAGAACUGUGAGGGCAGAGACCUGUCUGAGUGGAAAAAGGGAUGCGAGGUUUCGUGA